CUCUCACUGAAAACCCUCCUUCCGAUUCACACGCACAGUCAGUCCUGAAUUCAUGUCGCAUUUCCCUCUCAAUUUCUUUCUUCCACUCCAUCUCCAGAUCCGAACUCACAUUCCUUCAUCUCUAGCUAUGUCUCACUAGUUCCGUCCCCCUUGUUUUUUCUCGCUCCUCCCAAAUGUCGAAUUCGGGCCCUAAAGCCCGGCCCCGACCCGGCCCAUGGCCCCCGGUCCCGGAAGCCUCCCCAUUGCCGCCCUCCUCCUGGGCCAAGAAGACCGGCUUCCGCCCCAAAUUCUCCGGCGAGACCAAUGCCACCGACUCCGGCCAGAUAUCUCUCCCCCGGCCGCCGCGCCAGGCCGAGCCCGAUCUCGAGGCCGGCCGCGCGCGGCGGACGAAUGGGGAGACUGUUCCUGUUCCUGCUCCGGUUGGGGAUAAGGAGCAGGCGGGGGUGAAGAGGAGGAAGGAGAGCGACGGCGGCGGGUCGAAGAAUGCGGGCCAUCAUGGGCCUAAUGGGCAGGCGGCGGUGGGGGAGCCCAAUUCGCAGCCGAGGAGGGCUGCGAGGAGCGAAGAAGUGGUGGAUGCGGUGCCGAAUAAUGCGGAGGAUGAUGCGUAUCUGUCGAGGCCUUCUCAUAUGAAGUAUGAGCUUCGAGACACGCCGGGGUUCGUUCCCAUUGGUCUUUAUGGAUUCCAGCAUUAUCUCUCGAUAUUGGGUUCGAUAAUUUUGAUUCCACUCGUCAUAGUUCCGGCAAUGGGCGGUACUUAUGAGGAUACUGCAAAUGUGGUAUCGACAGUGCUCUUUGUUUCGGGAGUGACAACUCUCUUGCACACGUCGUUUGGAUCAAGAUUGCCCUUGAUACAGGGCCCGUCGUUUGUUUAUUUAGCGCCUGCUUUGGCAAUAAUCAAUUCCCCCGAAUUUCAAGGACUCAAUGGAAAUAAUUUUAAGCAUAUCAUGAAGGAGCUACAGGGGGCAGUAAUAAUAGGUUCAGCUUUUCAAGCAAUACUUGGAUAUAGUGGACUGAUGUCAUUGUUUUUGAGGUUGAUCAAUCCAGUGGUUGUGUCACCAACAAUUGCUGCUGUCGGACUCUCUUUCUACAGUUAUGGUUUCCCAUUAGUUGGUAGUUGUCUUGAGAUUGGUGCUGUGCAGAUAUUAUCGGUCAUUCUUUUUUCUCUUUACCUACGGAAGAUAUCUGUUUUUGGUCAUCGUGUAUUUCUAAUAUAUGCAGUUCCAUUGGGUCUCGCAAUCACAUGGGCAACUGCUUUCCUCCUAACUGAAGCUGGAGUGUACAAUUAUAAAGGCUGUGAUACUAAUGUACCAGCAUCGAACAUAAUUUCUGAUCAUUGCAGAAAGCAUGUGUCAAGAAUGAAGCACUGUCGAGUUGAUACUUCUCAUGCCUUGAAUUCUUCCCCAUGGUUUAGGUUUCCUUAUCCCUUACAAUGGGGUACUCCUGUUUUCCACUGGAAAAUGGCUAUUGUAAUGUGUGUGGUUUCAAUUAUCACAUCAGUGGAUUCGAUUGGCUCAUAUCAUGCUUCUUCACUAUUGGUGGCAUCCAGGCCUCCAACUCCCGGCGUUGUUAGUCGAGGGAUUGGUCUUGAAGGUCUUUCCAGCGUCUUGGCUGGUUUAUGGGGUACUGGAACAGGGUCCACAAGUUUAACUGAAAAUGUGCACACAAUAGCUGUCACUAAGAUGGGAAGCCGUAGAGCAGUUGAAUUGGGUGCAUGUGUCUUGAUUGUAUUAUCCCUUGUUGGUAAAGUUGGAGGGUUUCUUGCAUCAAUUCCGCAAGUCAUGGUUGCAGCACUUCUGUGCUUCAUGUGGGCGAUGCUUGCUGCACUGGGUCUGUCAAAUCUACGUUAUAGCGAGGCUGGAAGUUCUCGGAAUAUUAUAAUUGUCGGGCUAUCUUUGUUUUUCUCACUGUCAAUUCCGGCAUACUUUCAGCAAUAUGGCAUCACUCCAAACUCCAACUUAUCUGUUCCAAGUUAUUUUCAGCCAUAUAUUGUUGCUUCUCAUGGGCCCUUCCGUGGCAAAUAUGGAGGGAUGAAUUAUGUCCUCAACACAUUAUUUUCAUUACACAUGGUGAUUGCAUUCCUUGCGGCUGUUAUCCUGGACAACACAGUACCUGGAAGUCAUCAAGAACGUGGUGUGUAUGUGUGGUCUGAACGUGAGGUUGCAAAACAGGAGCUUGAUGUUGCCAAAGACUAUGAGCUGCCCUUCAGAAUUGGCCGGGUUUUCAGCUGGGUGAAAUGGGUUGGACUCUAAGAAAAGGGUCGGUUACAGUCAACAUUGAUCCGUUUUUAAGCUAUCCGGUAACCUCUUUCAGGGUCAUGAUAUUGUGCUGUGAUUCUCAAUGUAAGUUCGGCUCAUAUGCAUGGUUAUUGGUCUGGAUACUGUUUUUGCAUACACGGAAAGUGCUUGGAACUUCUUAGGUCUAUAGGUCUUAUAGAGAUUGUGUACAUUUGAGGAACCAAUGAGUCUGGUAAUGUUGUAAUAUUAGAUUAUGAACAAUGUUUCUAGGUUUUCUAUUUAGCAUAUCAGUGUAUCUAUUUUAAAUUGCA